AUGACCGGCCCGAAUCUAUUGCCACCGCUGCCGGAAAUUUUUCUACGCUGGCGGCAACACCGCUACGUCCUGGCCACGGAUGUAGAAAAGAUGUUUUGGCAGAUCGUCGUUCAUCCGGACGACCGCGAUCUGCAGCGUAUUCUCUGGCGUGAUGCGGCGACGGACAUCGUUGAGUACCGUCUCGAUACCGUGACGUACGGUCUCGCCUGCGCUCCCUACCUGGCCAUGCGCACCUUACAUCAGCUGGCCGACGACGAACGCGAACGCUACCCCCACGGCGCUGCCGUCUUGGAACGAGACGUCUACAUGGACGACGUGCUCACCGGCGCCGAUACCCUUGAGGAGACCUUAGAACUCCGUCGCCAGCUAACCGAUCUUUGCACGGAGGCUCACUCCGCCCUCGGUUUUCAAUGGCAUCCAAGAACCGACGACUUCUUGUUCUCGACCCAGCAGAUCUCCAUAACGGGAUUCACGAAGCGCUCCGUGCUAUCGCUCACUGCCCGGCAGUUCGACCCUCUCGGAUGGCUGGCCCCGACGGUGGUGAGUGCCAAAAUCGCCUUCCAGAGCACCUGGCUUUUGCAGUUGGGCUGGGACGACACUCUAGAAGAGGACUCCGUAAAAUUUUGGCAGCGAUUCCGUGAUGAACUGCCGCUGUUGGAGACGAUUCGAGUGCCGCGCUGGGUCGGCGCUCUCCACACCAGCCUCGAGGUGGAGUUGCAUGGUUUCGCCGACGCCUCCGAGCGGGUCUACGCUUCCGUCGUCUACCUGCGAUCUCCGGAGGUGGGGUCGUGGAGAGUUUCACUUCUUGCAGCCAAAACGAAGGUCGCUCCAAUUAAACCGGUCACGCUACUUCGUCUCGAACUUUGUGCUGCAGCUCUCCUGGCGCGACUCAUCUCCCAGCAAAGAGGAGCGCUCGGUUUUGAGCGAGCCCCCUCCAUUGCUGGUCGGACUCCACGAACAGGUCCGGACGCUCUGUGGCACCACAUCCCCGGCCAGGAAAAUCCAGCGGAUUGCGCAUCCAGAGGUUUACUACCCGGUGACCUUGUGAAGCAUGAGCUCUGGUGGCGGGGACCUGCUUGGCUGUGGCUCGAGACAUCGGCCUGGCCUGAAAAGACCAGAUGUCCGGACACGACCGAGCUACCUGAUGCGCGAACCCGUGUACAUGCUGCCGCCACAACCACACUGACAGACGAGGAGCCAGCCGAACUCUUGCGAUUCUCGUCACUCAACCGACUGCAGCGCGUGACCGCCUGGCUGCGAUUUCGGGAUUCUCGCGGCCUUCUUAGAGUGAGAGGUCGUCUAAAACAUAGUCUUUUAGAUCUUGAGGAGCGUCAUCCGAUCAUUCUGCCGGCCGAUUCACACUUCACCCUGCUGAUCGUCGAAGACUGCCAUCGAAGGUCCUUACACGGCGUAGUGCAGCUGACCCUGAGUCUGGUGCGUCAGCGUUAUUGGGUUCUGCGAGAUCGUGCCUUGGCAAAACGAGUGAUUCAUCGUUGCGUGAGAGGCGUGCGUUGGCGGGCGGCACCGGCUCCGCAACAGAUGGGUGACCUUCCUCAAGAGCGGCCGCCUUACGACGAUUCGUCUUCCGGCGUGGCUUAUGCCGUACCCUGUGGAGCGACUGCGGCACCACCUUCGUCGGAGCGGAUGCCAGUUUGCGCGAGCUUUUUUCAGCAUAUGGAUCUGAACGACGCCCUCGCGGCGGAGGGUAUCCGAUGGCGAUUCAACCCGCCGUCGGCCUCUCAUUUCGGCCCUGCGGCGAAUUCUGGGGGACGCGAUUUUGACCUUUGA